AUUUACAACAUAGCGAAAAAAAACUCCCGCUUUUCCUGGUGGAGGCAGCGCCAUUGGUGGAAGCGGAAAGGGGGAGGAGCGGUGAUAGCGUGCAUGCGCUUUCUUGGCUCCACGACGUACACGCACAGCGGGGUCGGUCGAUGCGGACGAGCAAGAGUAGCCCUGUGGCGUGGCUCCUCAGCCUCCCCUUGUUGUUUGCCACUUCUUAAAUCGACGAAUUAGUACAAAUAGGAAGAAUAAAGACGGGCGGUGCAACAGUUGUGCCCGACCCACCCACGUUGGCUGCACCGGAGCUGAGACGUGAGGCGUUUGAGGAAACUACAACUUUUCCAACUUGGAUGAAGUGAUCAGACUCAGUGGAGGGUGAUGCCUGCUACAGGCCGUGAACACGGCAGCUCUAUGGAGGACCAGCACCUGAAGGGGAGCUUGGCUAACGUCCCGCCAUCGGGUCAUUCUACGCCACCAUUCUCCGCCGCUGUGACACCGAACUUCAUCAAUGAAGCAUCGGUGGAGAGCAAGGUCGUGUCCAUGGCUAGCAGCGAAGGCGUCAUGGCACUUCAUUCGCCCGCUGAGGCCAGCCCAGCCAAGCCCGGAGUGACGUCACCCACUACCUUGGAUGGCACCGCAGAGACUAGCCCGGCUAUCUCGGCUUCAGGCACUGUAGUGUACACCGUCAACAGUUUGGUUAGCAUAACAGAAUCAGCACCAUUGUCAACCAAGCUGCCAGCUUCCAAUUUUGGUUCUUCACUCCAGACGGAUGACCAUCCAUUCGUCUUGACUUACAGAGGCGUCACUGUGACUCUGGAGAACGACCGCGUGUGGAAGCAGUUUUACAGCUGCGGAACCGAGAUGAUCCUCACUAAACAAGGCCGUCGCAUGUUCCCUUACUGUCGCUACCGCUUGGCCGGUCUAGAUCCCAACCAGCGAUACUGCCUGGUGCUCUCCAUAGUUCCAGCAGACAAUUACAAGCACCGCUUUAACUUCUCAAAGUGGGAGGUCAAUGGAUUGUCAGAGCAGCAAGACGAGGGUCCAACGCGGGCCUUUUGCCAUCACUACACGCCGUGUCCCGGCUCUGACUUGAUGGGUGGGCUGGUGUCCUUUUACAAAGUCAAACUGACCAACAACCCCAAAGACCUGGAUGGUCACAUAAUCCUCAGCUCCAUGCGACGCUACAUUCCUCGACUGCACAUUAUUCCGCUUCUCAAUGAGGCCACGUCGCCGCUGAAACAGCCUCUGGUCAUGGGUCCGGAGAGCAUGACUUUCACCUUUCGGCAGACAGAAUUUAUGGCCGUCACAACUUACCAGAACUUUCUGAUCACCCAGCUGAAAAUUAACCACAAUCCUUUCGCCAAAGGCUUCAGGGAGGAGCGGAUGAAUCCUCAAUUAAGUGGAACAGAGACCUUGCUGCUCAACACUGAACCACAGCCUCUGGUCUUUGAACUUAAGGACCAAAUGGAAAUCAAAGUAGAACCACUAGAGCAAAGCCCUCUGAGCACCGAAUCGGCGUACUGUGAGCAAGAGUCCAAUCCGGACCUGAAGCCCAUUACCUUCCCCGCCACCCCAAAUAACAAGCAUGUCGUUAGGUGUAUGAAGGGCCUCCAAGUCUUGGGGCACCUUGUGCUUGCAACUAAACGUCCACUCGUUGAAGUCACAGUAAAACAGGUUGAGCAAAGCCCUCUGAGCACCGAAUCGGUGUACCGUGACCAAGAGUCCAAACUGGAUCUGAAGCCCAUCACCUUCCCCGCCACCGGGGAUCUUGUGCCGGCACCAAAACGUCCACUGGUUGAAGUCGAAGAAAAACAGGCUAAGCAAAGCCAUCCGAGCAUCGAAUUGGCAUACCUCCCCGCUGAGCAAGAGUCCAAAAGACUGAAGCCCAUCAACUUCACCCCCACUACAAAAGACGAGCAUGUUCCCGGCAAGCAGCCACACACUGAAGUCACACCAAAAACACUCUCAUCAUCAUCAUCUGCAUCCAGCCGGAGAUCCCUGCAAGGGUACGGCAAAAGGAAGAAGAGGCCCAGGCUGAGAUUCCAUAAAGGGUGGAAAAGAACACCCUCCCUUGCUGAAGACCCCAGCCCACCAUUAGGCGUUGCUACACAACCAGAGAUGGAUGAAGUGGAGGGCCUGACCUUUGCAUCAUUCGCCACAAGGGAGGAACUGGAGAGUCAUGUCCAAUUUUUGCCUGUCAAAAACGCCUCUUCACUACCACCAGAACCUUCAACAACUCCCAUAAGACUGACAGAGAGUGAGGAGCUGAUUCCAGAAACACUUGAGGAAAGGAUUUGUCGCCUGGAGGCCAUUUUACUGAAGGACCUCCUUGUUGUCAAACACAGACAGGUGAUCCACCCUGUCCUGCAGGAGGUGGGCUUGAAGUUGAGCUCCCUUGACCCCUUCAAGUCCAUUGACCUGCGUUAUCUGGGGGUUUGCCUGCCCCUGCCUCCCUUUGAGCUGGCAACAAAAGACAACAGGCGCACCUCUUUGGGCAAUGACAGUGAGGGAUUGCCUUUCAUCUCCCGAACAGGAAAGACGAGUGAUAUGACCAAAAUAAAGGGUUGGAAAAACAAGUUCAUUCACAGCAAGCAGACAAACAAUGGAUCACAAAAGAAUCUCUCAGCAUUCUGCAGCAACAUGCUGGAUGAGUAUCUGGAGAGCGAAGCUCAGCAAAUCAGUGAGCGCGCUGCCGCUUUCUCCACCAGCCCCGAAGCGUCUUCGGUGGCGUAUCAGCUGCCAACGAAGGGCUCCAGCUACGUAAAAACGUUGGACAGCGCGCUCCAGCAGCGCAAGACUGUCUUGGGCGUCAAUAAGCCCUGCCCGCUUUCCUUCAAGCCUUUUUUACACGCUGCCUUGAUGGCACCGGCUCCUACGUUGGCGGGAGAUGCUUGCAGGACUGAUCCACAAAGCUCUACCCACCAGUCUCUGCCGCGCUCCAGCCUGUACGCACCUUUGUUUGACCAGAUUGAAUCCAAACUGAUAAAGAUGGAGGCGCAGGCUGUCAACCAGGGAUGGGAGAGAACACGGGUGAAGUCACGGAGGAUGUCGACUGCUCUCUCUGUCAUGUUGACUAAAAAGACGCCGCAUGACCAGGCUCAGCAGGGAUCUCCCCCGUACCUGGACCACAGUGCCUUUAGACCGGUAUGCGGCAAGGAGUUCUGCAGGCUGGGCUGCGUGUGCCAUAGCCUCAAUUGUCCCGCAAGAGACGCUCUCCACUGCCGGCGACUUGAAUGCAUGUUUAAUUGCACCUGCUCCGAAGAAAACAAUGAAGCGACUAAAUCAAGUUCCAGUAAACUGUGGAUUCACGAUAUUUAUGACACAGAGCCAGAUCUGUUUUUUGCUCCAGAAAAUGUCAUUGCACCAUUUCCAAAGGGCCCGAAAGCAUGCAGUGCUUUUCUGCAGGAACAGAUUAAAGAAGAGGAUAAGGAUCCAGUGUAUAAAUACUUGGAGAGCUUUGUGACAUGCGCCCGUGUACGAGCAGUCAAUAGCAAGCUGCCGCCUCAGAUCACCAUAGAGCCUGACUGCCACACGAUCGUAGUGGCCGUUGAAAAGAUCAGUAGAACCGAAAACACAGAAUCCCAACAAGCUGUGCCUAAAACACACAUUGAGAUCCAAUCGGCAUGCCGCUGGGAGAAAGACACCCAGAUGAUCCUGGAGGCCCUGUGCCAGCGCAUAAAUCAUGAUAAGCUGUCGGAGCCGUUCACCGUGGGACCUUAUCACAUCCAACCCAUCAUGAAGAUCUUCAUUAAGAAGCCCAGCGGAGCCAUCGUCACCUACAGGGUACGCAUUGGUCCACAGGCCAGCGAUGCAGUGGGCAACUACAAGGAAGAUUUUCAAAGCAUUAACACCAGCUCUGAUGAAGAGCAGAACCUGGAGGAUGAAGAGCACUGGGAGGAGCCCGCAAGAUUGUUUGGAGUCACACCCUUCUUGAGUGGCAUAAUGACUGCCGGCGUGAUGGUUGCCAUGAUGAAACCUGCCGGCGACCAAAAGUCUGGACUCCUUGUGGUCAACGGCAAGUCCUACAAUCAGGCACGGCUGUUGCUAGGCAGCAUGGGCUCCCUGCACCCGGCCAACCGGCUGGCGGCCUACGUCACGGGAAGGCUUCAGCCGAGCGCGGAUCUCUCCUUAAAGAUAGACGCUGGGCGCAAACUCGACAUGGCUGCUAAACCAAGUGUAAAGGCUGACAACAAGCUGCUCCCCCGGGUGAUUGCUGAAAAGAACGUCACUGACAUAAAGACACACCCGCUGUUUCACUUGUUAAAGGCGCAGAGGGGAAAAAAGGAGACAGCGACUUUGCCACAGCAGGCUCUAACCUCCACUACCAACAGCCGGGCGUUAGGCCCCCUCAACGUCUUCCAAAGGCCCACAUGCUCGCCCAUCUCUCUCACCGUGUCCCCGUCAAUGAAAACCCCCAGCUUCCUGAGCCAGAGUGGGACCUGCUCUUUCAGGAUCUGCCCUUCGUCCAAUCUGCGUGAGGGAGACCAGAACCAGAUGGGCAUCUCCUUGCCGGGGGGUUUCACCCUCCUUCGGCUGCCAAAGCCGGAUGCUGCGCUGACGGAGUUCCAAACAGCGAAGACCGACAACGCGGACAGAGUUGUUUGUAAAACGGCAGAGGGGCCAGUGGUCGCUAAUGAAACGCUUGCAAGUACGGAGGCGAUCAUACUGAGUUCUUCUUCCGAAGACGAAAACUCUGACUCGUGUGACGACAGCACAGAAAACGAUAUGAACGAGGAUUCCUCUGUGGACAUCGAGACUGUGGAGGAGGACAAACAGCAAAUGGCUAUUUCCAGAUUGAAGGAAGCAGCCAAGGAGUCACAAGGCAAAAUUGAUUACUCUUCUAAUUUCGAAACCUGGCUCAAAAUGCAGGAAAAUAAGGACGCUCGGGUUUCACCCUCACAGAAAAAUAAAGACACUCAGGACGACUCCAGCUGUCCACUGACCAAGAAGCGAAACAACCACACUGCGCAGGAGAGACAACGGCGCUUUGAGCAGCGAGCUCUUUUUGACGGCCUACAGGACAUCCUGGAUCGACGGGCAGUCUCCAGACUGCAACUUCUCUCAAUGGCUAGAACAGAGAUCCAAAAGCUGACAGCCAUCUCCAACAGCCUGGUGGAGAAGAAGAACGAGCAGUACCGCAUCCAGACUCUCCACUUGAAGAAGCUAUCUGGUUUGUCUGGGAAACCUGUGGAAAUAAUCCAACGCAACCUGAAAACCUUCUUCCAGAGCUUGAAGAUAAGAGGCGGCUUAAGCCAAAUGGAGGCUUCCUUCCAGCGUCUGCAGCAGUCCAAAACUGAUCUCAGAGCUGCAACCACUCAGCCCAAGCCACAGUCGCCGCCAGCCCAGGCCAUGUCACUGCCUCCUCCCCUAGCCCCACCCUUACCCUUAACUAUGCACCAAUCGGAGCCCCCUUUAUCUCUGCCUCCAGCAAGCCUUCCGUCUUUGCCCCCCCAAAGUGAUGCCCAACCAAAGAACCCACCGCUUCCCCCUGACGCCCUGAAGCCGUCCCUUACAACUCAAGCGGCACCAGCUCCUCCUCGUCCCUCUGCCACGGCAAAUGGGACUCCGCCCACACAGCCCUUAACAUUUCCUCUGAUUCGUUCCAAGACCGGAAGACUCAUCCUGCCCUCGUGUGUGAAACCUUCUGGCCCAGGGGUCUACACGCUAAUGUUGAAAAAACCCGACCAGGACAGCGAGGGAGACUUCAUCAGCAUCCAGACGUCCAACAUCAAACCUGCCAAGAACCAAGACACACCUGUACAGUACUCUCAUAACGUCUCACCUGUCAGUGCUCCAUCAGAGGCCGAGCAACCAAAUAAGGACGUGCCUGCCAGUAAGCAGCGUCCUCUCCAAACUGAUUCCAGCGCGCCUGUCCCACGUCGCCCCAGAGGCCGACCGCCGAAGCACAAACUGUACGUCCCGCCUCGAAAAUACAAAAAAAGUUUAGUGACGAGGAAAGGGGACGCCCCGCCGAUGAAUCAUCUCAGAAGAAGACCUCAGAGAAAGCAGCCGGUGGAAGACUACUUCGCUCCUGCAGAUUACUCAGGAGAUGGCAACAAAUCCCGGCCGCUCACACGGGCCUCGCUGGGGAAGAACUUUCCCAGCGCCAAGAGGCGGUCCUGGAUAGACCUGGAAAUGGAGAUGGAGCUGGAACCAGAUUCUGAGUCGGAGUAGUUCUCAUGGGUUGGAAUCACAAUAAUGGCAAAGCUGCUGUGCCAGGGUGGGUGCGCGUGUGUGUGAACAUAAAGGACCACCAGAGUGCGUGAAUGUAAAGGACCACCAGAGUGUGUGUAAGUAUGUGUGCGUGCGUGUGGGUGUGUGAACGUAAAGGACCACCAGAAUGUGUGUAAGUAUGUCUGUGUGCGUGCGUGUGUGUGAACGUAAUGGACUACUAGAAUGUGUGUAAGUGUGUGUGUGUGUGCGUGUGAAGGACCAGGGUCACUGUGAAAUACUUCCUGCUGCUUAAUUAGCGUGCAGACUGCUCUUACUUAAAAAGGUACAUUAAUUAACCUGCUGAAUAUUUACCUAGCGUCUGAUUGCAUAAACACACACACCUACUCUUUUUCUUUCUUUGAGGUAAAUGCCACAUGGAUUUGAGUUGACGAUAAAUGUGUGUGAAUCAUGAAAAAGCAGUUACCGUACUGUAUAUACGUUAUUUUAACGUCCGCCUGGCGUUAAAAUGCACUGAAUUAUUAUUUCCACACACUAAUGUGAAAAACUGUCUUACAAAUGAUUUCAGUUGUUUUCAGGUGGCCUAUGGAGUUAACAUGGCUGUCAUCAAAUGUUAUUGUAGGAGCUUUUUGUUGUUUUGGUCGAAGAAACCAACCUUUAAUAAAUCAAGUUGCCUGCAAUAUAAGCCACAUGUAUCUAUUAAAGGAUUCAUGUAUUUAA